UUUCAUUAUCUUCCGGUACACCAGAAGAAAAAGUUUGGCACCUGGCUGAACCACGCGGCACAGCCAACAGUUGUUUACUAUAACUGUCAACCUCAGUGACGUCAGAGGUGUGGUACGCAUGCAAACAGUUGCGUGAGCAAACCGGGUUGUUUGGAAGUGGUACUGAGAAGUUUUGUAUUGUGUGAGUGCGUAUUUGUAAGCGAGGAAAUGUCGGGAGAAAUUAAAACGAACCUAUUUCGUGAAGCAGCAAAGAUUGGAGCGCAGAAGCAUCCGAGAAAGAAUACAAAAACUGUUGGGUAUGGAACAGCUGGCUUUAGGACCAAAGCCGAGAUCCUGGACCAUGUGAUGUACAGAAUGGGAUUAUUAGCAGUGUUAAGAUCAAAGACUAAAGGAGCAACCAUUGGUGCAAUGGUGACAGCUUCACAUAAUCCAGUGGAAGACAAUGGUGUGAAAAUUGUUGAUCCUCUUGGAGAAAUGCUUGUUCAGCACUGGGAAAAAAUUGCUACAGACCUUGCCAAUGUUAGUGAUGAUAAUUUAGAAGAAUGUCUUUUGGAGAUAGUGAAAAAUGAGAAGAUAAAUACUGAUGCAGCUGCUUCUGUUUUCAUCGGAAUGGAUACCAGACCUAGCAGCAUAGAGCUCUCCAAUGCUCUUAAGGAAGGUGUCACUGCUGUGGGAGGAGAAAUUCAUGAUUGGGGUGUUGUGACAACACCAAUGCUCCAUUAUUUUGUGGCUGCCAAAAACAGUGGACUGACACCAUCUAAAGAAAACUAUUAUAGAAAGCUUGUUGACAACUUUAGAACUCUUAGAAGCAAGAAUUCUUCCAGUGGCAACUAUGUACCUGAAAUUUUGUUUGAUGGUGCCAAUGGCGUUGGGGCAUUGGUUAUGAAGGAGCUUAUCCCACUCCUAGAUGGACUCCUAACAGUCAAACCAUACAAUAAUGGCGAAGGCAAGCUGAAUUAUCAUUGUGGAGCAGAUUUUGUGAAGGUAGAGCAGCAACAACCAGAAGGUGUUCCAGAAGUCAGGUUGGCUCGAUGUGUUGCAGUAGAUGGGGAUGCGGAUCGAAUUGUCUAUUUCUUUACUGAUGACAAUAAUAAAUUUCACCUGCUUGAUGGUGACAGAAUAGCAACAUUGGUGGCUGGUUACUUAAUGGAUCUUGUUCGAGAAAGUGGUUUAAGCUUGCGAUUAGGACUUGUGCAGACUGCUUAUGCUAAUGGAAGUUCAACAAAAUACAUAUCACAGACUCUGCAUGUCCCAGUAGUAUGUGUACCAACUGGUGUCAAACAUCUGCAUCACAAGGCACAAGAAUUUGAUAUUGGUGUAUAUUUUGAAGCCAAUGGCCAUGGAACUGUGUUAUUUGGACAGAAAGCUGAUGAGCUUAUAAUAAAAUCUGCUGCAGAUUCUAGUAAUGUUGCUGCACAGAAACUCCUUGCAACCAUGAAAAUCAUCAAUCAAGCAACUGGAGAUGCACUAUCUGACCUCCUGCUAGUAGAGGCUGUGCUAAGUGCGCGUGGAUGGUCUGUUAUGGACUGGGCUGCAGCCUAUACUGAUUUGCCUAACAAGCUACUCAAGGUCACUGUCAAGGAUCGUAAUUUAAUUAAGACUGCUGAUGCUGAGCGGAAAUGUGUAUCACCUUUGGGUCUUCAAGACAGAGUGGAUCAGCUUGUAUCGCAGUACCCCAAUGGAAGGGCUUUCAUUCGGCCUUCUGGCACAGAGGAUGUUGUCCGUGUUUAUGCUGAGGCUGAUACUAGAGAACAUUGUGAUGAACUGGCUCAAAAAGUGGCUGAAGCUGUUUCAGAGUUCACAGUUUGAAUGUAAUGAAUCAGAAUAUUGUGGAAUAAAAUUCUGAAUAUAAA